CAAGAGAUAAGAGCGACUUGGCGAAUUACUUACUUCAAAUAAAUUUUAUAAAAUAUUAGGUUUGGUUGUUUGUGUUUUUCUCUGAGCUAGAAUGACCCAAAAGAUACAGAGUGGUGUUGUAAAUUUGGGAUCAAAAUACGAAGAAUUAUUCCCCGCAAAAUUCGCCCUCAAACUUCUCAGAGACCCAAAUGUCGAAGAUUUCAAUUUUGUCUUAAAUUACUGCAGUUUCAAAAAGUUUGAUGAUCUCGUCGUGAACAUAAAAUACAAAAAUUGUGUUGAAAACUUUGCCAUUCAAUUAAAACACCGAGAAACUGGAAGAGAUGUAAUCGGAGUUGAAGAACUGGAUGAUAAAGGCAAGAAUUUCAUCAUUUCGAAUUUCUCAAACGCUUAUAAAACAUUAGACUCGGAAAAACAACAGAGUUACAAAUUUAUUUUAUUUACAAACGCAAAAUUCGAAAAUCUUGACAAGUCAAAACCUUACCAAAUUGAAAAAAUUUGUCCACCAUUUAAAACCAAAAUUUUUGCCACUGAUGGUAUUGUGUACAAGUUUAAGAAAAAAGAGCCAAGACAAGAGGAGUUUUUCGAAAAAUUUUUUCUCUGUUCUGGUCAAAAAAAUGUGGAAGGAUUGCGAAACGACAUUGUGACAAUUUUCGAAACCGAUUUCUUUUUAUCGAAAGAUGUUGCCACCCGAAUUGCCACUUGCUACGAAUCAUUUUUCGCCGAUUUACAUCAAAAACAGUUUGACAACACCAAAAUUGAUAAAAAUACAGUUAUUUUAAAACUAAUAGAUUUGAUCUUAGAGGAUUAUAUCAUAUAUUCUCCCCUGUCUGAAAAUUUCGACGAAAAAACUGCAUUAUUUGCCAAAGCUAUUAAAACAGCAGACGUGACUUGUUUACUUCAAAUAAAUGAUAAAGAUCGCAAUUGCAAAAAUGCGGAUUUAGAUAAAGAAUUGCAAAAGAUUGCUACACAACAUAAGCUUAUAUUUCCCAACAAAAAAACGGAAAGUAAAAAAAAUACCCGAAUUUUAUCGUACUUUAAAGAAAAGCCCUUGUUUGUUAGAACAGAUAAAGACACCCAAAAAACCAUCUUAUCUCUAAUCAACUUAUCGCAAAAUUUAUACAAUAAAAUAAAAUUCGUUUUGGUUGGCAAAUUAAUUGGAACUGUAGAAAUCACAACAGAGAGAAUUUUUACAAACUUGUCCGACUUGAAAAAACUUGAUUCAAGUCUCUACGACAAAAUCACCAAGAGAUUUAAAAUCAAGUUUCAAGGACGCCAAGAAGAGACAAUUGAAACGCUUCAAAACACGUUCGGACUUCCCCUGGACGAAUUUGUAACCCCAAGUGAGUUAUUUGAAGCACUGAAAAAGGAUUGGGUUAUUACACCAAAAGUUACUGAAGCUUUGCCAAAACCCUUUUUGACACGAUUUUUGACAAGAGAACACAUCCAAGUGGACAAAUUAGACGACAAAACAAUAGUGCAUUGUGGCGGUCAAUCAAAACAAUGUAAAGCAUAUCUUAAAAAUUACAGUAAAAUUUUAAUCACAGAAGAAAAAAAUUGCAAGAGUUGUUUCCAUCACUUGAAGUUUGGCGAUAACAAAAUUGAAUGGAUUGAACGAAAAGUGAGUCCUGACAAUCCUGAAAUUUUUGAUUAUCAAUUAAGCAUCAUUUGUGGGAAUCCCGGAAUUGGCAAGACUACCAUGAUGAAAUAUCUCACUUUCAAAUGCCCGUUAAAUUAUUGGGUUGUCAACGUUUCUUUGAAAAAAUGGAGCUCAUUUUUGAAAAAAUCACAUUCUGUUGAAGAAAUUUUGAAUCAAUUUCUGACACCUUGUAACAAAUUUGCGACAAAUAUUAUGAACUUCCUAAAAUGUGAGAAAAAAAUUAUUUUCUUUUUCGACGGUUUGGACGAAUUAAACGACGAUUGUAUUUCUGGCACAAUAAAAACUACUAAACUCCUAUUGGAAGAAGGCUACAAAUGUUGGAUUUCGUGUACAAUUCGACUAAAACCCACUUUGAAAACCCACUUUUCCCAAUACCAAAUCUACGACAUUGAGGAAAUCGGACAAGAGGAGCAAGAAAAUUACAUUCGAGAAAAACUACAAAGCGAGAAAAAACCACCGGAAUUUAUUGAAACACAAAUCAGGAAAAUAUCAAAAGCCAAUGUUGAUAUUCUUAAAUUCCCGAUUUGCUUAUACAUCCUCACCGAAGUUUUAACAAAAUCUGACACCGAUUUUGAGGAUAAUCUCUCAUUGUUACACUUGUACGAGUGUUUUAUUGAUGCUAGACUGCAACACGAGUUAGAAAAAGCUCACUAUGACACCAGACAGGAUAACUUAAAAGUCCCUAUGAAAACUUUCAAACAUUUCCACAUUAAGGAGUGUCAAAUCGCGGCUUUACGGACAUGUCUUGAACCCAGCCACUUCGAUUUACUGAAAGUCACAAAUGAGGCGUUUUUUGUUGAAACCUUGAGACAAAACGGUGAUUUCUUGAAACUCAUUUCUGAAGUGAAUUCAAAAAAUCGCUUUGUUUUCAUACAUUUCACGAUCGCUCAAUAUUUCGCAGCGACUUGGUUGAAGAACAAUGUUAAGGAAAUUUCAAAGUGGCAAUUUCUCUUCAAACCUCAAUAUAUUGGAAUCAGAUAUUUUCUCAAUGUUCAAAUGGCUGAAAAUUGUCCUUUGCAUUUGGCUAUUUUGAAUCAAGAUCUUUCAAAUGUUGAAAAGUUAGCCAAAGAACAUUUGAAUGAUUUGGAUAAGGGCGGGAGAAGUCCGCUACAUCUUGCAUCGUCAAUUGAGACCAAGCACCCAAUUUCACAUUCCGGGGAAAUACAGAAUCGGAUUUACUUCAAAGACAACGUCGAAGAGAAGAUUCUUCAACUAUUACUAGAUUUGAACGUUAAUGCUUUACAAAAAGAUGAGUUGUUUAGGUGGAACGCGUUUGAAUACGCCGAUGCGUCUCUUUCUUUAUCUUCUCUGGAAGCACUAUCGAAGAAAGAAGAUCUCAAAUUAGAGUAUUUACAAAAUUACAACGAGUUGGAAAUCUUGGCCGAAAACUGCAUCAAAUUUGGUUACUUUAACCUUUUAAAAUCAUUAACAAAUUUGAAAAGUUUAUCAGAUUUGGACAAAAACGAAAAAUCGCUUCUUCACCAAGCUAUCGAAAAUCAACAAGAAGAAAUCGCAGUUUUUUUAAUCGAAAAAGGAGCCAACUUAGACCAAUCACUUUUGCACCCUGCUACUUUUUGGGGUUGCACCAAAGUGGUUCAACUCCUCCUAAACCGAAAUAUUGAAGUUGAUAUAAAAGACAGUGAAGACAAAACUCCACUUCACUGGGCUGCCAAACUCGGCAACACACACAUUUUACAACUCCUCAUCGACAAAUCAGCAAAAAUCGACAGUACAGAUGUACGAAAAAGAACACCAUUACAUAAAGCCAGCUAUAUGGGAAAAAAUCAAGCCGUCAAAAUUUUACUCAAAAAUAACGCUAAUGUCAAUUUCAGAGACAAUGACGACAAGACUCCUCUACAAAGAGCUUCAGAUAUGGGACAUUAUGAAACGGUUAAAAUUUUAGUCGAAAGUUGUGCUGAUAUUAACGCUAUUGAUAAGAAUAAAAGAACUGCUUUGCAUUAUGCUGCUUUUGAGGGACAUUUCCAAGUCGUCGAGUAUUUGGUCAUGGCAAAAAUUGAUGUUACAGCUCUUGAUGACGACGGAAAAACGGCCCUAGACCUAGCGCAAGAAAAAGGACACAAAAAAAUCGUACAAAUUUUACAAAAAUCACAAAACAAGAGUUAUAAUCCUGAAACUCACCAUGAAAACGAACUACACUAUGCUGCAAAAAUGGGCAAUUUGUCAAAAAUCGAACAACUGUUGAAUUCUGGUUUCAACAUCGAAGAAACCGACAAGGAUGGUCAAACGGCCUUACAUCUAGCCUCAAUUUCGGGUCAUUCCCAAGUUGUCAAGUUUCUUCUUUCAAAAAGCGCAUCAAAAACUGCAAAAAACCGCGAUGAUCGCAUUCCCCUACACCUAGCCUCGCAACAUGGCCAUAAAACCAUCGUUGAGUACCUCCUUGACGAAAAUAUCAACGCAUGGGACCGUUGGAAGCUAACUCCUCUUCAUAGAGCUGCUUAUAAGGGUCACCAAGCCGUCGUAGAGCUUCUAAUCGAGUCAAAAGCUGAUUUGGAAGCGGCUCAAAUUGAUGGAGGAACUCCGCUUCACAGUGCAGCAUUUGGGGGGCACAAUGAUAUCAUUAAAUUUUUGGUUGAGAAAGGGGCAAAUUGGAAAGCGACUAAUAAGAAUAAAGAGACUUGUCUACAUGAAGCGGCCUUAAAAGGAUGCACUGAAACAGUAUGUUUUUUGAUAAAAGAAAACAAAGAUUUGAUUAAUAAAACUGAUUGUCGGGAGCGGACCGCAUUGCAUUGGGCGGCGGAAAAAGGAUACGGGAAUAUGAUUCGCUAUCUUGUAGAGGCGGGGGCAGAGGUCGGGAUUAAAGAUCGUUGGAAGAAGACGGCGUUGGAUGUGGCACGAGAGGCGGGAAAAGAAGAAAUUGUGCGGUAUCUCGAAGGAAAGAAAACUUAAAACAUUCAAAUGUUUUUUGUCAAAAUCGUUUUGUGCAUUUUUUUGAGCCUCUAUUACCAUUACAAGUGCAAAAACGUCAUUUCGUACAAAUGUAAAAUUUCCUAUUUUGAAAAAAAUUGAAUAACUAAUGUGUUACUUCUUAGAAAAAUCAAAAACAUUAAUUUUGCAGUAAAAAAAACUUGUAUGCUUAUCCGCUUAUGCUUUUAUGGUUCUGUUCUUAUGCUUAUGCUCUCAUAUGCUUACUACGUAUUUGUUUUAAACUCCGCGCUCUUAUGCUCCCGCCAUCUUUUAAAGCUUAUUUGAAUUGUUUUUGAAUUGUAUUUGAAUUUGAAUUAGAGAAAAAUUGACGACUUUUGCGGGAUUCGAACCCCGGAGUUACCCGCGGGAAGUAGUGACCUUCUACGCCACCAAGCUCCCAGCAUGUAUUCUGCUCUAAGUAGUUUAAUAUAGUUUAAUAUUCAUAUAUUUUUUUUUAAAUUUUCAAUUUUUGUGUUUCUACAAUGUUUUAUGCACUUUCAGAUCCAUUGAAGUGCAUUUCGAUUAAUUUUAAAGUUUUUAAUUUAUAGAUUUUUGACAAAAUUUUUGUCGAAUUUGGAUACCCAAAGUGGGUGUAUUGUCAAUAACUCCGGAAUUAUUAAUAAUAGACCCGUAUGUUUAGUACCUAAGAAAGCAAAUUUCAUUUCCUAUCAUACAAAAAAAUAUCAUUGUCCUAAGAUAGAUAGUUAUUGAGAAUAUUGCUGAUUAAGUCAAAAAUAUAAAAAUAUAAAUAUUCGACUAUACCUUCUAAACUAUUGCGAAUAUUUUCUCAACGCCCAUCGAUUCCCCUGAACAUUUUACAUACGUAUGGUUUAAAACAUUAAUCAUUUUAGAUAUAAUCUUGUCGUAAUUUACAAGAAAAAGUAAAAACUAUCCCGUAUAAAAACGGCCUUUUUGAACAUGUCUUUAGAUUCAGUUUAAACCUAUUGUAUCCUGUAGAUUUUGACACGCUGAUUACGAAUCUGUCAGGCUUUUUGCCCUAACUAAAUUAAGUUUUACGUAAUCGUAUUGAAAAAGAAAAAAUUGUCAGAAUUGUAAGAUUUUAAAUGUAUUUUUCUCAAAAACUAUCGGACAAAGGAAAA